AUGAGCGGAAGCUUCUACAAGCAGACCGUGAAGCGUCCCCGGAAAAUCCAGCUGCCUGCCAAGGCCAGCCCCUCUGGGGGACAUCAGGUCUCGGAUGGGGAGGCUGACCACGGCCAGGGCUACGACGGGGACACAUCCAGCGGGUCUGGCCGCUCCUGGGGCGAGCGCUCCCGCCGGCAGAGGACGGGCCGCCGGAGCCGGGCCGGCAGCCACGGGCGCAGGAGCCCAGGCGGCAGGUCUGAGGCCAACGGGCUGGCCCUGGUGUCGGGCUUUAAGCGGCUGCCGCGGCAGGACGUGCAGAUGAGGCCCGUGAAGUCCGUGUUGGUGCGGAGGAGGGACAGCGAAGGUGAGGUGUUGGACAUGGAGGAGAUGACCAUCUGGGAACAGCACACGGCCACGCUCUGCAAGGACCCCCGGAGAGGCUUUGGCAUUGCCAUCUCUGGCAGCCGAGACCGGCCCAGUGGAUCCGUGGUCGUGUCGGACGUGAUCAAUGGCGUGUCCAGCGAGAAUCUGUCUCUGAGUGACACACGGCGACUGAUCGAGAAGUCAGAAGGGAAGCUGACUCUGCUGGUGCUCAGGGACAGAGGGCAGUUCCUGGUGAACAUCCCACCGGCCGUCAGUGACAGCGACAGCUCUCUCCUGGACGACAUCUCCGACCUCGGCUCAGAAACAUCCCAGGCGCCACCCUCCCACGUCCCACCGCCACCCCAGCAUGUGCGGCGGAGCUCUGACGCCAGCUGGACCGACUCCCCCGAGGAGAGCCCCCCGCUUUGGCGGGACAAUUCAGUGGAUUCCACAACCAUCUCGGAAACAGGCUCCGCCAGGCAAAGCAGCUAUGACAUCUACAGGGUGCCCAGCGGCCAGAGCAAGGAGGACCGUGGGUACGUGCCCCCGGGGAAAAGAGCCCCCUCAGCCGGACACUCGCGCAUCCCGGGGCUGCGUCCCCGUGUUGGUGGGGCCGCCAUGCGAGGCUCCAGCUUCAAGCGCCCGGUGGUGAUCCUGGGGCCCGUGGCAGACAUUGCCAUGCAGAAGUUGACUGCGGAGAUGCCCGACCAGUUCGAGAUCGCAGACAGCGUAUCGAGGACCGACAGCCCCUCCAAGAUCAUCAAGCUGGAUACCGUGCGCGUGAUCGCCGAGAACAACAAGCACGCGCUCCUGGACGUGACGCCGUCGGCGGUGGAACGCCUCAACUACGUGCAAUAUUACCCCAUCGUGGUCUUCUUGAGGUUGGAGCCGGACAACUCGUCGGAGGGCAACCUGGACCUGCCUCACCGAGGCCUGGCCGACAGCUCUGCGGAUCUGAGCUGUGACAGCCGGGUCAACAGCGACUACGAGACAGACGGGGAGGGCUACACGGAUGGCGAGGGCGGCCCCCACACGGACGUGGACGAGGGUCCGCCGGCGCCAGCUCUUGCCCGGUCCUCGGAACCCGUGCUGGCGGAUGAGCCUCAGAGCCCGGGGGAUCAUGGGAGAGCCCCGGGUCCCCGAGGGACCCAGGUGGAUGGCCAUUCCCCCCAUGGUCAGUGGCGACAGGACAGCAUGCGGACAUACGGGCAGGAAGCUUUGAAGAAAAAGUUCACGCGAGCUCGAGACAUGGAGUCCUCUGACGAAGACGGCUACGACUGGGGCCCGGCCACCGACCUGUGACCCCUCCCAGGUGGCCAGCUGGCCCCUAUCCCCUCUUCCUCCCUAGAGCUGGGACUCAGUUUCCCGUACGGAACCUAGAACCCUACCUCCUUCCGCCAGUC